AUGGCUUCAAGUGAGCUCUCUAGCAAAGAAACGUUGGUUCGUAUUGAUAUCGAUGGAGAAAAAUAUCGUCUGGCAGUCGUUAAUUCAAGCACAGUUGCCGAACUGCGUACCAUUCUUUCAAAACGAUGCAAACUGUCAAGCAGUACUCGUUUUCUUGAUGCUGAAGGUUGUAUUUUGUUUCCUGAAGAUGAAAAAUUAGUGACCAUCUCAGCAUUAUCAACUGAAAACCAUUUUGUUCGAUUAACAAGUGAUAAAAGUAAAAUAACUCCACUACCAAUUCCAGAAAUGAACAGCAAGGUAUUUGAAAGAAAAAUCGAUCUCACGUACGCUCAACCACUCAGUCAUUUAAGUGAAGCUCCUUUACGUGAAUUAACAAUACCUGGUUCAACACCAACACCUUCACAAAAUAAGAUUACUGUAGCUACUGAUCUAGAUCUGGAUACGUGGAAAAGAAUAUUUCGUAAUUGUAAUCUUUUCCAAGCUAUUCGAAUGGAUCAAGAAACACCCAUACGCGCUUUCAAACCCGUGUUCAAACUUAGACAAUCUAUCGAUGAGAUUUCGCUAUUCCAUGUUACUGACGAAUCACAUAUUAAAUCAUACAUGAAAGAUAAAGAAAUGCAUAGUUCAUUUCUUUCCAGUAAAUUUUUUGAUGGUGGUGUGGAAUUUUCCACUCCCUUUGUUGGUAUUGGUGUCAAUGCUGAAUAUUCAAAGAGUAAAACCAUAACAAAAAUACAGAAAAAGAUAUACUUAACGCAUUGUUUUAACUUUCCACGUGUUGCUGUAGAACUUGAUUUAUCUUAUCUCGAACCAACGUCUCAUUUUAUAGAAGCCAUCGAUAGUGUUUUUUCUUUUACAUUAGAUGAACAAGUUACUAAAUUGAAGGAAGUUCUUUCAACAUAUGGUCAUGUUUAUCCACGCUUAGUUAUUCUCGGUGGACAUCUCUACCAUACAGAGAUGCAUGACAAUAAAGAACAGGCGGAAGAAGCGAAAAAACGACUGAGUGCUAGUGCAUCCUUCUCUGCUUCCUUUAUGCAGCCAGCUAAAGUUUAUGCAGGUGGUGGAUAUGAGAAACAAUCGCACGAAAAAUCAUUGGAACAAACUUCCUUCAUGAACUUAGAGGCUGUGGGAGGUGAUACAACGUACAGUCGAGAUCCAACACUGUGGGCAAGGACUGUGACUAAUCCAUUUUUAUGGCGUAUCAUUGAACAAGAUAACUAUCAGUUCGUCAUCACAUUACUCGAUCACCAGCGGCAGCAAAAAAUUCAACGAAUAGUCAAUCAUGAUACUAUACCGAAGAGGGUUAAAAAUAUCGAUGAAAGUUGUCCCAAUAACAUACAUCCACGACUACAAUAUGCGAACAUUGAUGGUAUUUAUGUCAAUCCAGCAUCACCAGGUGUUACACCAAUUUGGUACUUCUACUCUCCUAGGUAUAAUGUUUGGUUUUGGACACCCUAUGAAAAUUUUGGUGUUUGGAUGCCUGUUCAUACACUGACAGUAAAAUCUGGUUAUUACAAAGGUGAACAGCCUGCUCCAACAAAUAGGCAGGUCAUUGAGCAUUUGCGAGAAAACAAUCCGAUCCCACCCGGCACAAUGCUCGAGGCGGCUUUAAAAGUUGAAAAACGUAUUUUAAAGUUAUGAUUUAAAAUAUGAAUUCUUUUCUCAACUAUUCUGAAGUUACUUUAAAUUCUCAAUUUUUUUAUUUAUUAUUUUACUUUGUUUAUUGAUUCACCCUGUGAUAUUUUAUUCUCGAACAACCUUUCUUCACUCCAACAAACGAUCAAAUGCUUCUCUCUCCUCACACAAUUUUCUUGCAUACUAUGAUGUAUCAAGCAUCUAUAUGACCACAACAGAAACAAGCGAGGAAGAGAGCCGAUACAGAACGAAAGAACCAGAGAAGAGAAAACGAACCGAAGCCUAUCAUGGCAAAGAAGCAUGACAUCUCCCCAUACAGUGGGUAGUCAGACAAUAAAAUCGAUUUUCGAGAUUCGAACCCAUAUCGUAGCUAGCAUUGAAGCUACUAUGGUCCUGCAUUUAAGCACAUCUUGGAUGCCGCACUAUAGCGAGCACGUAGUGAAUAGCAGGUACCACAGAGGACGUCAAAUAGGUGAAUAUUAUUACUGGGGCAACAUAAGUAACAUGUAUGCUUUCAAUUGAGGAUCUAGUUAUAUUCUUCGGUUAUUAUAUAGUUAGGAUAUGAGUAAAAGAGAAAAUAGACGACUAGUUUCAACUUACACCCAUACAUCCUCACCCACAUCCACUCCCUUCUAAUCGUUUUCUAAGAAGAGUCCAUUGAUAUCAACAAAAUAUUUGAUUUCUUUUGUUCUUAAAAUUAAAACAAUAAAUUUAGAUACGAUCAUUUUUUUUAUUUCAAAGUUCUCAUAGAAUGAAAAGAUUAUGAAAGAAAUAACAUUGAAUAGAAUGAUGAAUAACAAACUUAUCACAUAUUUGUUAAUUCUAUUUUGAUCUGAUUCUUUUUACACAUUAUUUAUGAUAGAUUGCAUUUCUAUAUUAAUAUUAAUAAAGAAAUAAAAUAUUAUGAUUUUUUUGUUAUCUCUUUUGUGACUCUACGUGCACAAUCAUGGUGAUAUGUAUUGCGAAUGAAAAAAGAAACUUAUCCACUAUCAAAAGACAAAAAUAAAUUUAUAUUUUGACAUGUUUAUUAUUAUUGAUUUUAAAACAAUAAAAGAUACUAAUAGAUGUAUCAUUAUAUCAUUUUCGUAUUUAUUUCAUAUUUCUUCAAAAUUGAAAAUAAUACAAAAUUGUCUUAUUUUUUUUGUUCUUUGUUAAUUUUAAAAUAUACAUGUAAUUCUACUAUCUAUUAGAUGUGAGAGAACUACAUUCGUUCGAAAUUUUACUGAACGAUACCCUCUAUCUUUUAGUGUACAAUACGUAGCUUUGCGCAUCAGCCUGUAUGAUCACACGCUCACAUAAAUCGCUUUUUAUCUGUAGAAAAAUAGAAACUCACAGUUUGACAGGGCAAUAGGCUUCAAUCUCAUAAAUUUUAUCUCUUUAUGAAAAAUUUUUCCGAAAAACAAAUUCGACAGUUUUGUUGAGAAAAUUUGAACAAAUGUAAAUUUCCUCAAAGAUAGAAAAUAAAAUUAUGACAUGUACUAUAGGGUACCUAUUAUUUUUCAAAAAAUUUCCCCGAAUAUUUAUAAGUCUUCUAAAAUUCCCUCGAACGGUCGUUUGUGCACGUGAGUAGAUUCUGCACCGCUAAUGCUGAAUUACCGCUGCCAAAUUGUUUUUUUCGAGUGAUUCUAGAUCAGUUGGCUGAAUGUCGAUGAUAGCAAUUAUAAAUACCAAGCUUUUGCUCUGGAGUCGAGCGUUGCAUUGUACACAGUCGGAUGUCAUCUUGCAUGUAGAUCAACGAGGCACUUUCAUCCACUGCAGCCAAAUCUGUGUUAGAAUUUGAACAAAUUAUAAUCAAGAUUUGUUUUCAUCGAAAGUGUCCAUUGUAAUGAGUAUAUAUUAGACACUUCAAAUUAAUGAAAUGGAACAAAACGAGAAUGUCGAAAGUGGAACCGAACCACCAACCAACUUCGUCCGGAAGCUUGUUCUAUGUCCACUCACAAGGGAAGGUCCCUGAGUGAUUCAUCACUUUUAAGUCGAGACUAUGUACAUCAUGUAUGUCAUGAAUAGUUACGAAGACUGUAAAAAGAGUUCGUCCCCAUAGCUUGUUGCUGUUGAGAUAAUGCGUUUCUAU